CAGUAAACAACAUGGCGCCGUGUGUGUGAUCUCAACUUCAUCACCCACCACCCCCCCAUCUCUCUCUCUCUCUCUCUCUCUGAAAGGAAGGCCUAUCGAUAUGUCGUCAAAAAGUGACAACAAGCUCAGCACCUGUGGCAACCGGAGGAGAUCGAGCGCGACUAAAGAGGAUGUGAAGCGGAUGUGUCCGCAGCAGCGGGCCCGGUACCUGGCCUACGAGGAGCCGCCGAAAGAGGCGAAGACCUGGAUGGCGAUGUCUCGGCAGCGGGUGUCCGCCUGGGAGUCUUCCGGCGCUGGGGGGAAGAGACAUACAACUGUCGGUCAUCAUCAGUGCGACGAGAGGGACGAGGAAGAGAAGAAACGGCAAGACCUGAUCAUAGGACAGCUGAAGGCCGCGGAAGCCCGCAACAGAGUUCGGCAGAUGAGACUGCAGUAUCGGAGUAUGAGGACCCAGGAAAUCAAUCUAAUGAUUUCGUGCCAGUCCAGCGCCCAGACCGCCGUCCGUCUUGAGUUGCUGCUGCCAACGGAGGAAAGCAAGAUAAAUACCAUCGAUUGUCUGGACAAACUGCAGAGAAAGCGAGUCGAGGAGAUCCUGGACGACGAGAAAGGAUUGACAAUAACACGCCGUUGAGAGUCGAGACCGGCCGUCCUCCUGCUUUGUAACCGUCCUCCUGCUUUGUAACUGUCCUCCUGCUUUGUAACCGUCCUCCUGCUUUGUAACUGUCCUCCUGCUUUGUAACCGUCCUCCUGCUUUGUAACCGUCCUCCUGCUUUGUAACUGUCCUCCUGCUUUGUAACUGUCCUCCUGCUUAGUAACUGUCCUCCUGCUUUGUAACUGUCCUCCUGCUUUGUAACCGUACUCCUGCUUUGUAACUGUCCUCCUGCUUUGUAACUGUCCUCCUGCUUUGUAACUGUCCUCCUGCUUUGUAACCGUCCUCCUGCUUUGUAACUGUCCUCCUGCUUUGUAACUGUCCUCCUGCUUUGUAACCGUCCUCCUGCUUUGUAACUGUCUUCCUGCUUUGUAACUGUCCUCCUGCUUUGUAACCAUCCUCCUGCUUUGUAACCAUCCUCCUGCUUUGUAACUGUCCUCCUGCUUUGUAACCAUCCUCCUGCUUUGUAACCAUCCUCCUGCUUUGUAACUGUCCUCCUGCUUUGUAACCGUCCUCCUGCUUUGUAACCGUCCUCCUGCUUUGUAACUGUCCUCCUGCUUUGUAACCGUCCUCCUGCUUUGUAACCAUCCUCCUGCUUUGUAACUGUCCUCAUGCUUUGUAACUGUCCUCCUGCUUUGUAACUGUCCUCCUGCUUUGUAACUGUCCUCCUGCUUUGUAACUGUCCUCCUGCUUUGACGUGUUACAAAAAGGGAACUGUCUAUUUCACUGCUCUGGCUUCAUAGAAACUCUACUGUACAUUUUCUUACCGUUUCAAAAGUCUCCGUAACUACUAUUACUGCAGUUAGGUCCCCUGCUGCACUCAUCAAACAAGCACCUAGAAGUUUCUACACAGCCCUUCCUCCAUUACUGCUGCAGUUGGUUUGCUUCAGCUAUAAACGGCUGGCUGUGGAAGCCUCCUGGAGAACGUUGUCCCUCAACUGGCCCCCAAUUCCCUUUAUAGUGCCCUACUUUAGACCAGGGCCCAUAGGGGUAGUGCACUACUUUAGACCAGGGCCCAUAGGGUGUAAUGCACUACUUUAGACCAGGGCCAA